AUGGGCGAAGGAGCGCGUAGUGAUGUUCUGGUGACUCCAAAUUUGAAUGAGGGCGAUAUAGAAGAUACAGCGUCCGCUAUCACUGUCGCUCCUGACACAUUUUGGAUGGCGUUGAUUGAGAAAGAGGCAUCAGCUCUUCUCAAUUUGAUCCGCAAAACUGUAGACCCAGGCAAGAUCCUUUUGGUCGGAUAUGGAUUCGGUGGCAUCGUUAUCAAGAAGGCAAUGUUUCUCGCAAAGACAAACAGCAAGUUCAAAGACAUUGUGUUUCAAGUCGACAGAGUACAGACUCCCAGAGAUCCUCUUUUGGCUCUUCCGCUCAUCAACCCAGAUUUCCACGACCUUGCACUUUUAUAUACCAUCGCCAACUUCAUUGAGAAAUCCGAUGAGUCCGCUGCCAAACCAAUAACGGCUGAAGGAGAACUCGCCAAUGGUAUGGAUGACGUAGAAUUGGGUCCAGAAAAGGAGCCUCAGAACUUCACCCUCCACGAAAUCGCCACACUUGACCAUCUGGAAACACUUAGAACUCUCGUUGGUCUCAAGCAAGCGUGUAGCAAUGGUUUGUCUUCCUGUCCCGUUCCAUUUGCUGAGGUUGCCAUAUUUUCGCGUUUCUGGCGGUUUGUAACCCAGAUUGUGUUAACGUAUCUGGAUGUAGGCCUGACCAGUAGCCAACACGAUUAUGGAGCAAUAUGCGACUACAAGUAUCUCCUUCAUCGCGCGGCUCUGGACGAUAAAUUGGAGGCAUUUAAGGCGCUACUACGCUUGUCAGAAAAUGAUUCAGAAGCCAACGACGAAGAAAUGACACCUCUUCAUAUGGCUGCGGCCGGUGGGAGCAUGGACGUGAUUUCCCAUCUAUUGGGUAAAUGCACAAUCGAACACGAGCCGACAAACGUGGGGGUUCUUAAUUUACUCGACAAACAAGACAACAAGGGGCGAACUCCUUUAAUCAUGGCUGCUAGUAUGGGCCAUGAAGAAGCUACCAAGCUCCUACUCCAAUCUGGGGCAAACAUCUCUAUGCAAGACGAUACCAAGAAGACCGCCUUACACUAUGGAGCCCUCAAGUCUCUCGUCGCAGUAGAGGAUUUUAUAUCCUCAGAUUUGCUUAGCGUUCAUGACAAGGAUGGACGUACAGCGUUGCACAUAGCUGCAAGUUCUAGAAACUCUGGCAUGACAUCUAAAAUAGUAGAUGUUCUCAAAAAGGAGUUUCGAUUUGAAGAGGCAAUAAAUUGCAGAGACAGAACCAAGAAGACUCCCCUUCAAUAUGCUGCGGAACAGGGGCAUACAGCCAUUGUCAAAGAAUUCCUCAGCCAUCAAGACUGUGUGGAUACGAAAAAUUAUAAUUCAGCAGCAGAGCUUGCCGCAGCUGGCGGACAUUUGUCAACAGUCCGCUUGUUCAUGUCGAAAUCGAAAGGAAAGAUUAGCAGUCAGUUGCUUGUAGUAGCAUCGGAAGUAGGAAACCUGGAGAUCGUUCUGUAUCUACUGACGGAAAUGCAUGUUGAUCCUUCUAUUCAAUGGGAGGGCCGUCUACCCAUAUGCCAAGCCGCCGUUGGUGGACACCUGGGAGUCGUGUAUGCCUUCCUCCUGAGAGAGAAAGGCUUUGUCGAACAAAAAUAUGCAAUCCGGCAAAAAUAUGGAAUCGGGCAAGAAGAUGGAAUCUGGCAAAAAGAUGGAAAGGAAAAAACGGCCUUGCAUUACGCAUGUGAUGGUGGGGUGCAUGAAAUGGUUAAAAUACUUCUUCUCUAUCACGCCGUCAUCGACGCCCGGGAUUGCAAUGGCGAAACUCCGCUGCAUAUCGCAGCGAGGAAGGGUAGGAUUAACGUGAUCAACCUCUUGCUAGAAUUCAAGGCAAAUAUCCAUUUACGCUCAAAGAAGGAAGAAACACCACCGCAUAUUGCUGUGCACACCCCGAAGCCGUCGAAGCCCUUCUCAAAGCCGGUGCAGAUCCCAACUCUGUCGACAAGGAAACACAAACUCCACUACAUUGUGCUGUUCUACAGGAAUGCUGGCAAUCGGUUGCAUGCCUUCAUAAAAAUGCGGCGGACCCUCAUAAAUUAG